UCUUCAAAUUUUAACAAACAUUGGCUUUUUUUCACAAAGAUGGUUUUUUCUCUCUUCAAUGAAGGUUUCUUCAUGUUUCUAUUUCUUCUUCUUCUUCCUUACUCCCUCUCAGUUACUGCCACACCAUUCCCUGGCCAAGGAAAUGAGACAGAUCGGCUUGCUCUUCUUGACUUGAAGAAUCAAAUCACGUCAGACCCUCUUAAUAAGAUCAUGGAUUCAUCAUGGAAUCAAUCAUUUCAUUUCUGCAGUUGGUUUGGUGUCACUUGCAGCCCAUCCAGCGGGAGGGUCAUUACCCUGAAUUUGUCUUCUCUGAGUCUGGUUGGCACCAUCACUCCAUCCUUGGGCAACCUCACCUUCCUAACCCAAGUCAAUCUCGGGGACAACAGCUUCAGUGGCGAAAUCCCACAACAAAUUGGCCGCCUACAAAGGCUACAGUCUCUUAACUUAUCGCAUAAUUAUCUUGGAGGGAAUAUCCCAACCAACUUAACUACCUGCAGAGAGCUCAAGAUCCUUGAUUUAGGAUUCAAUGAACUUGUUGGUGAGAUACCAAAUGAGCUGAGCCCACUCUCAAAGCUUUUGGUAAUAUAUCUUGCAGAAAAUAAUCUAAAAGGGAAAAUCCCAACUUGGAUUGGGAAUUUUUCAUCUCUACGUAGCCUCUCGCUAGCCAUGAAUAAUUUCCAAGGAGGCAUACCACAAGAGCUUGGGAAACUCUCCAAGUUAAAGUUUUUUCAAUUAUCUGUUAAUGAGUUGGUAGGCACGAUUCCAUCCACUAUUUAUAAUAUUUCCACCAUAUAUUAUUUCUCUGUUACUCAGAAUCAGCUACAUGGAGAGCUUCCUCAAGAUGUCGGCCUCAAGUUUCCAAAUCUUCAAGAUUUUUUUGGGGCUGUCAACAGCUUCACAGGGCAGAUCCCUCCUUCAUUGCAAAAUUCAUCGGCUCUUCAGUCACUUGAUUUUUCUGUAAAUCUUAUUAGUGGGACUAUACCAACUGGUUUAGGAAGAUUGCAGAAUUUGUAUAGGCUCAACUUUGAAUACAACAAACUUGGAAACGGCAAAGCUGGCGAUCUAGAGUUUUUGGCUUCCUUGGCCAACUGUUCAGCCUUGCAAGCUCUUGGUUUGAAAUGGAACUUGUUUGGAGGAUCUUUGCCUAGCUUCAUAACCAAUCUCUCAACCAAUAUGCGAUUGCUUACACUGGGUUCAAACCAAUUAAGUGGGACAUUGCCUGAUGGAAUAGGAAACCUAUUUAACUUAAACGCUCUUGGUUUAGAAUCUAACAGAUUUAAUGGAACAAUCCCAAAUGACUUGGGGAAACUUCAAAACAUAGUGGGUUUGUAUUUGAACAACAAUAGAUUUUCUACUUUGAUUCCAUCCUCUUUUGGGAACCUGACAGCACUAACCGGGUUGUUUAUGGAGGGUAAUAUGCUAGAAGGAAACAUACCUCCAAGCCUAGGAAACUGUACUAAGUUGCUGGAAUUAACCUUGAGUAGAAAUAGUCUUGGUGGAAGCAUACCCAAAGAAAUCAUGGGUUUAUCUUCAUUGUCGAUUUCUUUAUCAUUAGCCAACAAUCAGUUAACUGGGUCUAUACCCUUUGAAGUGGGAAAGUUGAUAAACCUAAAGGAGCUUCAUGUUUCAGGUAAUAAUGUUUCAGGUAAUAACUUAUCAGGUGAAAUUCCUAGCAGCCUAGGAGGCUGUAUUAGCUUGGAGACGUUAUUGAUGGAUAAUAAUCUAUUUGAAGGAAAGAUUCCUCCAUCUAUCAAAGACUUGAAAGGUUUAGUUCAGUUAGAUCUUUCCCACAAUAACCUAUCUGGAGAGAUCCCACGGUUUCUUGCAGAAAUAAGGGGACUAGAGAUUCUUGAUCUCUCUUAUAAUGAUCUGCAGGGUGAAGUCCCAACUGAAGGAAUAUUUAAGAAUGCCAGCCAAAUUACUCUACUUGGAAAUGAGCAUCUCUGUGGUGGAAUCUCAAACUUACUUUUGCCUGCUUGUCCUCCUAAGAUGGCUGAUUCCUCGAGGAAAAAUGCCACACGCAGGACGAUAAUUAUUGUAGUUAUCGUUAUAGUUUUGUUUGCCUUGUUGUCUUCUGCGAUUAUAUUUUGCAUAUGGAAGAGAACUAAGAAAACCCCCAUAACUACCUCCUCUGAGAAUGAACUGGCGAAGGUGCGUUUUAUUUCUUACCAAGACCUUCUAAGAUCUACAGACGGGUUCUCUACCAGUAACUUAAUUGGUUCGGGUAGUUUCGGUUCUGUGUACAAAGGAUCCUUACCAAAUGAUGGAACUGUUGUAGCCGUUAAAGUACUAAACUUGCAACAACAAGGAGCUACAAAGACCUUCAUUGAUGAAUGCAAAGCUUUAAAAGGUAUUAAGCAUCGCAAUCUACUGGAACUAUUAACCGUUUGUUCCAGUGUGGAUUAUCAAGGUAAUGACUUCAAGGCUCUAGUUUAUGAGUUCAUGAUUAAUGGAAACCUAGACCAAUGGCUGCACCCUGAAGACCAAAAUAAGAGACUGAACAUGAAACAUAGACUAGACAUAGCGAUGGAUGUAGCCCACUCCCUUGAAUAUCUUCAUUAUCAUUGUGAGACGCCCAUAGUUCAUCGUGAUUUGAAACCUAGCAACGUAUUGCUAGACCAAGACAUGACGGCUCAUGUUGGUGACUUCGGAUAGGCUAGCUUUGUCUUGGAAGCAUCUAAUGGCCAGAGCAUUUCAGAGGGCUUGAAGGGUUCAAUUGGGUAUAUUGCUCCAGAAUGUGGGUUGAGAGUACAAGUUUCAACAUUUGAAGAUGUUUACAGUUACGGGAUACUCUUGUUGGAAAUGUUUACUGGGAAGAGACCGACUGACGACAUGUUCAAGGAUGGACUCGACCUUCACAGCUUUGUGGCCAUGGCAUUGCCUGAGAACGCGAUGAACAUAGUUGAUCCAUCUUUACUACUAGAGGAGGCAGAGGUGGAGGAGGAGACUUACAUUGAUAAUAGAAUUGAAAGGGUCUUACAAGAGAGGCCCAUAGCCAGUAGGUUUCAAAACAGAGCUAAUAAUAGUCAUUUGAUGGAAGAAAGCUUGAUUGCAGUGAUGAGUAUUGGACUUUCAUGUUCAAAUUCAUUACCGAGUCAAAGAAUGGCUAUGGAUGUUGUCACAAAGAAACUGCGUGUUAUUAGAGAGUCAUUUAGUAAGCUUUGAUUUAAAAGAAUGUAACAAAUGUGACUAGAUUCGUAAUUUCAUUAGAAAAAUAAAAGUCCAAAUAAGGAGAAUUACAUCUUUGCGUCAACAAUUACUUGCUUUGUCCGGAGUUGUUCUUGUGACUUCCUCGAACCCAAUACUUCAAUCUCGACUUAGUGUCCAAUUAUCUAGUGUUAUGGGUAUUGGUGUUGGCUCAUAGAGAACUCAGAUUUACAUUUAUCUCAGUACAUCCUACCUUGAUUUGGCUCUUCUUCUAUAUAUGUUUAUUUGAUGUUUUCA